GUGUAACUCCCUUCCAUUCACUAUAGUGUGUGACACAGAACACCGGGGACAGCAAUGGCCGAGGUCACCCUCCUCCUAGAAGCAACGCACUUUGCAGCUGAGAAGCACAGAAGGCAGAGGAGGAAGGACAGAGAAGAGACGCCAUAUAUUAAUCAUCCUAUAGGUGUUGCUAGAAUAUUGUCUCACGAAGCUGGAAUCAGUGAUCUAGCUGUGCUACAGGCAGCUCUACUUCAUGAUACCGUGGAAGAUACAGACACAACAUUGCAGGAAAUCGAGGAGAAGUUUGGACAGGAGGUCAGGAAGAUUGUUGAGGAUGUGACAGAUGAUAAGACCUUACCAAAGAUGAAGAGGAAGCAGCUGCAGAUUGAGCAUGCGCCCCAUUGUAGUCACAAGGCCAAGCUGGUCAAACUAGCCGAUAAAUUGUACAACCUGCGAGACUUGAACCGAUGCACCCCAAAUGGGUGGUCAGAGCAACGGGUCCAAGAAUAUUUCCAGUGGGCUUUCCAGGUGGUAAAUGCUAUACGAGGCACAAACACCGCCAUGGAGAAAAGCCUGGAUCAGCUAUUUAGAGAAAGGGGAGUUGCUGCCUAACUGCA